GAUGGCCGUCGCGUGCCGAUUGUUGCUCUGAUUGUUUACUACGAUUUUAAAAGUUUUUGCCGAACAAAACAUAAUCUUUUACCAUAGAACCUUAGUUUAAGUUAUUUCCUGAACAAAACCCGUGGUAUAUAGUGCUUCUUUAAAGUGUUUUGCUUAGUUUUUCUUUCAAAAAGUGUUUUAAGUGUGAGAUGCUACCAGUUUUCUAAGAGUGGUUUAACAGAGGAAUGUUGUGAUAAAAUUCCAAGUGGAUAGUGCAUUUUAAAAAAUUAAAGCAGCUGGGAUUAGCUUCAUUUAUUCUUAAAGAUGGCGUUGUUCAACUAAGAUGUAGCUACAUGAGACUGUCAAGGAACAUGUCAAAGGUGUACAGGGAAAUGGGCAAACAGGAUAUCAGUUGGCGGAGAGUUAUAGUGUUGAUGUGUGUGUAUGUGCUGUGUUGUGAUUGUGUCAGUGGCAAACAGAUGAGUGAGACACUGCAGAGGGCGUUAUCAGCGGUGCGAGGACCGAGCCCUGGGGCGAAGAAGCUGUUGAAUAUACCCGAAGAUGGAGCCGAUCCUCUCCCCGGGAAGCACGUGCCGUUGGAGAGCUAUGAAAGCGAGCUGGAAAGAGAACAUGCCUUGCCUACGUCCGUACCGAACGCUGACAUACUCAAGACUAACAGCAAUCCUACCUACCACAAGCCGAGGCCGCCCGCCCACCACGGCGCCUCAUUGCUCGCUGGCGUGGGUGCUGUGCCCUCAUACGCUCCACCGGGCAGAGCAUUCUUCACACCACCACUGCCGCCAGAGUACAGGAAUAACCCGUUUGCUGAUAAGCCGACACUUAGAGGCACAAACACAGAUGGGAACAGUUAUCUCAACAGACGGCCUAUACCACCACCCUCUCUCGGACCAGGUCAUGAACGGAUCCCUAUAAGACCGCCUGGACAGGAAACGUCCUCGCCGCAAGUGCCAGCUCCCCCACCCGCGCCACCCCUGCCUCCAGUUGGACUCGAGCCGAAGAAAAAAGCACUGAACACACCAAGCUUUAAGCCCGACGAGUUGGACGGUGAUAAACAUGGCACGGAUCAAGCAAACUUCACGGAUUUUGUACCAAAUUCGCUGAACAUCCCAACUAUUUCGAGGAUACUCUCUGGCUCGAACGGCAGGAAAGAAGAUAUUCCCGAUGUUCUUCUAAGAACUGUUACUGCGAAGCCCCAACACAGUCCGGAUAAAACAUCUAAGAGCGAUAUAUAUGUGAUGAAGGACGCCGGUGUUACACUCAGUGAUUCUAACAAGGACAGCUCAACGGAAGGCGUCCUAGCAGUCCUGGAUCCAGACAUGAAUAACUUAGAUAGGCCCUUGAUUAUAGAACAAAAUAGCGAGACUAACACCAGAAGAAAUCUACAAUACGCCACAAACAAGCAGGCGGAUAGAAAUGAUAGUAGAAAAGACGACUACACACCAGCGACAACCAUGGGCUUCGAACUCAGCGAUCCGGAAAUGUCCACCGAGAGAUAUCACAACUUAGCAAACGUUAAUUCAGACAAAAAGAUUCUGAAACACGACAAAAGCAACGGUCCAGUGCAAAGUCCGAGCACUACUUUGGACCUAGCGUGGAAUGUCCACAUAUAUUCUUCCACAUUCAUGUUUACCAUACUCGCUGGUUUCUCAAUAUUCAAGAUCAUCAAAUACGAUAAAACAACACACCUCUUCAAUCAAUAUUAUUUCAUAAUAAUUCACCUAAUAUUAGUAUUCGUUUGUCUCAUGAGAAUAUUCUACAUGUUCUACGAUCCUUACAACAUUAACUAUUCACUUCCUGUAUUUAUAAGCGAGAUUCUUCUUCACGUUCCCGAAAUAUUCCUCAGCAUAGCCUUCGCUUCCACAAUUUUAUUCCUCACCACUAGAAUAAAUUUCAAACCAUCCUGCUGCGCGUUUCUGUUUCGUUCUAGAACUGUAAUAGUAGGGGGUAGUAUACACUUAUUGUUCUGUGUAAUGUUGCAUAUCCUUGAAAAUAGUAAUACAAUUAUUAGGACUCACCAGGGAGUCGAAAAAAGGGUAUUAGGUCUAACUUGUCAAAUUAUAUUUAUCAUGGCGUGCUUAACUCUCGGGCUAUGCUACCUCUACGUGUAUAAAAUGCUUAAAGCAGUUUUGCAAAAGAAGAGUCACACUUACGUCCACGGCACCCAGAAUCUCUACCAGGCCAUCCACGUUAACUUGGCCACGGCCUUGCUUUUCCUUUUAAUGGCAGUUCUACAGAUUUAUGGUAUAGUUAGCAUAUAUCAGGUUACUAUGACGAAAUUCGAUUGGAUACAGUGGGGCUAUCAGUUCUCGUUGCGUUUGAUCGAGAUCAGCGUAAUAGCCCUUAUCUCCUGGGUGAUAAGUCUGAAACUUGACGAUCAAAUGAUAUCUGGAAUAAAUAUAUUCCCCUGUACGGCGGGAUCUAGUAAUGAACAAUUUGAAUCAGACUAUCCAGCCGUAUGCAACACAAACACCAACCUCCAUACAUACACUCUUAGAACUGGUAAACCAAUUUACGAGACCGCUGGUCCGCAUCCCAGUAUACCCGAACAAUGCUAUCCCAUAGAACAUCCGAGGUAUCAGUUAAACACAUUAGCUGGUAACUGCGAUAAUAAUUCGGGCAACGAAAACUAUUCCGGUAAUAGUUCAAUUGCGAACGCUGCUCACAGUAGUUCAACAGAAUCUAGUAAUGCCCCAUCCAGCCAGGGCGUGACCAACCACUUGAUCAAACAUCAUCCCAAUAUGGCAGGUUACAAUGGGAUAGAAUCUGCAUCAGAUGAUCACUAUUCCAACUGCGAUCCCGCGCUGCAAUCCCUACAAGGGGACGAUCCGUUAGAACACGAAUAUAACUUCAUCCAGUAUGGCAGCAACAGCGACUUCAUUCGUGACAGCAAAAAUCCGAAUUAUAACGGGUCUAAUCGUAGUUCACAUAACUUCAAACACAUGUCCUACGACCGUGUCUCGUCCAGGACGAAUAGCAAUCCUCGCAAGAAGCAAAGAGCGAAGAAUAAAAACGUCCAGAAUUCUAUGACCAUGGGUUACGAUCAGGCCAUGAGUCACCACUAUCACCAACCCCACAUGCCUGAUGAGUACGGCAAUUAUAAUGCAGAGAAUGCCUCCUACCACGCAUCAGGGAUACAGACUUUAAACCCGAACAGGAGCUACGAAGGCCCCUGUCAUCAGAUCAGGUCGUCCCAACGUCGUAAUUCACCAUCUGCCUCAAUGGUGAACUCGAGCGGAAGUCAGAAACGUGGUAAGGGGGCCGGCUUCCCCGAUAGACCGAAGUCCACAGAUUUAUACGGUUUCUCGGAGGAACCAAACGAGAGAAAUCAUCCCUGUAGUUUAGGCACUCCUCAACCAGCGCCUAGGAAUUGUAGUUACGAAGCGGCCUAUUCCCAGCCACAGGACGGGUUAAACCCGGACGAAGGGCCUAGUAUGUUGGUCGCCCAGGACGGUUUCGUUAGGUUUAGGCCAUUGGAAGAUGGGCCCUCGCAAACCUGAUUCACCAUCAAUCUGUCGUCCGCGGCAGAGAAUCUAAGUUUUUAGGACGUCCAGUCCUGGGCGACACAGACUACGCUUGAUUAUCUGUGUUGCAGUAAUUGUAUAUUGUAAAUGAAUAGGUUAGCGGUGCCCAAGUACCACUGCCUUUUGUAAAUAGCAUUUAUUUUCAUUUAUUUUAGAAAACUUGUAAUAUAUAAGUUUUAUAAUAUCUCGAUGACGAGCCACAAUUUUAUUUAACGAAUUACGUAAUCAAUGUUGAAUUAUCCUCACACUGUCUAGUGUAUGUUUAAAACGACCAUUAAUGUUGCCAUUAUCAUCGUCAGAGUCGUGUCUAAAAUAGUUACUCCGAUAUCAUAAUCUAGCCUCGGUUUGUUUUUAAAUAAAGCCUAUUUGCUUAUUGUAAAAUAUCUUGCUAUUACACAUAUUAUAAAUAAACAUACUAAUGACAUUAUUUUAGACACGACAGCUGAUCAUAAUUUAUAGUUAUCAGUCAUUUAUUAUGAAAUGACAAUUUAAAUAUAUGUGAUAAUCUAAUACACUUUGUUUUUAAAAACUCUGUCCAUAACUUAUGUAAGGAAUAUAUCAAAUAAUGUAAAAUUCUCAAAGACUUGCCGAUAAUAUGAAAAAUUUAACACUUGAUUAAUUCAAGUGUCACCAAUUCCUUUGAGGAGGGCGAGUUCGUAGAGAGGUACAUAAUACGCCGACAUCUCGAUGUUUCACAGCUGUCAUUAAAUUUUAUAUCAAUAGAUAUAAGUAUGUUGUGUUUGUAUCACAUUUACUGUAUGUUAUUAUUUAUGCUCCUCAUAUAUAAUUUACACAUAACUCGGUGUUAAAAUUAUCGACAUUUAUUCAGUGUUACCACAUUUUAUUGCGUCACUAUGAAAGAUUUUUUAGAACUAGUCACAUUGAAAUAUCUAUUUUCUGCCUUGGAAGUGAAUACGCGAAUUUUAUAUAACGGUUUAGUGGAGAAAAAAAAAUAAUAUCAUGAUAUACAAACAGAUAGAAUCGUUACUUAUACAAGAUAUAAAAUAUACAUUACGUAAAAUGUUGUCACUACAAUAGAUAGGUUAAAUAAUUGUGUAAAUUAGAAUUAUAAUAUUUAAAAAAUAAAAAAAUACAAUUUUAUUGGUGAAUCAAUGUUAAUUUGGAUUAAGCCGUGCUCAUGUUAUCAUAAUUCCUAUGUAAAUAAAUUAAUUAAGUGUGGUAAAUGUAUUAACUACCGUAUGAAGCCACUUUUAUUUCGUUUGUAUCUGUAAGUUUUGUAUAUAAACGGUACUGCGGUAACAGACGUCUUGGAAAUUACAUUCGUGCGUUCUUCUUUCGUUGUAAAUUAUAUGUAUUUUACUUUUUUAUAUAUAUUUUAAAGACUGUACCUAUUCUCAUCAUUUAACAAAUUGACAACUGACAUUUAUUAUGUAUAAAUUAAAAUAAAAAGUAUUGCGAAAUAUAA